UGCUUUUUGUUCUUUGUUGUUCCGUGCGCGCUAUUCUGUGAUAAAGUGUACUUAACCAAUUAGUUAAUGUUAUCAAUUAGUAAUGAUUAGGUCUCGGCCUAAAUGCAUACCAGUUAACAUAUGCCCAUAGCAAUUAACUUGUGCCGCCAACCAAAAACGACAACAAUACAAAACUAGCUGCAGCAAUAACAAUAAUAUUAACCAGCAAACAGGACAAGCAGCAGCGACAGCAGCAGCAGCAGCAGCCAGCCAGCCAGCGUUUCGCUGGCUCGCAGUUGGGUAAGAACCAAGCCAGGGACACGACACCAGCAGCAGCAGCAGCAGCUGCGAGGACAACAACAAGAAGGCCGCCGUCAUGAAGUUCGCGGAGCAUCUGUCGGCGCACAUAACGCCCGAAUGGCGCAAGCAGUACAUCAACUAUGAGGAAAUGAAGGCCAUGCUGUAUUUGGCCGUCGAGGAGGCACCCUCAGUGGACAGCGUGGAGGAUGAGGUGCUCAAACGGCAUUUCGCGAACUUCGAUGAGAAUUUCUUUCAUUAUUGCGACAAGGAGCUGAAAAAGAUAAAUACUUUCUACUCGGAAAAGUUGGCGGAGGCAACGCGUAAAUUUGCCACACUCAAUGCGGAGCUAAAGUCUAGCAUUGAGGAGUCCGAGCGUACCGCCAAGAAGUCCAAGGGCCAGAAGCGACACGCGGCACUGCCGGAUCGCAAGGCCCGCGAGCUGAAACUGGCCUUCAGCGAGUUCUAUUUGAGUCUUAUUCUGCUGCAGAACUAUCAGAAUCUGAAUCAUACGGGUUUUCGUAAAAUACUCAAAAAACACGAUAAGCUGCUGCGCGUGGACAGUGGCGCCAAGUGGCGUCAGGAAUAUGUGGAGGCUUCGCAUUUCUUUAUCAACAAAGACAUCGACAACAUUAUCAAUGAAACGGAGACGACGGUCACGGGCGAGCUAGAGGGCGGCGAUCGACAGCGGGCGAUGAAACGAUUGCGUGUGCCGCCGCUGGGCGAACAGCAGAGCCCGUGGACGACAUUCAAGGUGGGCCUCUUCUCCGGCAGCUUCAUUGUGCUGGGCAUUGUGGUGGUGCUGUCGGCGAUAUUUCACGACAUAACCGGAGAGAAUCUAAAGGUCACAUUUCGCCUGUAUCGCGGCCCAUUGCUGAUCAUUGAGUUCAUCUUUUUGAUUGGCGUCAACAUUUACGGCUGGCGUUCGUCUGGUGUUAAUCAUGUGCUCAUCUUCGAGCUGGAUCCGCGAAAUCAUCUAUCGGAGCAGCAUCUCAUGGAGCUGGCGGCCAUAUUUGGUGUCGUCUGGACGCUGAGCAUGCUGAGCUUUCUGUACAGCGCCAGCCUGAGCAUACCGGCCUUUAUCAAUCCAUUAACGUUGACGCUGAUUAUGGUGAUAUUUCUGGCGAAUCCGUUUCAUGUGCUGCAUCAUGAUGCACGCUUUUGGCUGUUGCGCAUCACGGGACGCUGCCUGGCGGCGCCGUUCUUUCAUGUGGGCUUUGCCGAUUUCUGGCUGGGCGAUCAGCUGAAUUCCCUGGCCACUGCUAUUUUGGAUUUUGAGUAUCUCAUAUGCUUUUACUUUACUAAUGGCAACUGGUCCGAGGCGGUGGAUGCGUCCAUAUGCAUGGAAAAGGAUUUUAUAGUGCGGCCCAUUGUAAAUUGCCUGCCUGCCUGGUUUCGUUUUGCGCAAUGCCUGCGACGUUAUCGCGACACCCGAGAAGCCUUUCCCCAUCUGGUCAAUGCAGGCAAAUAUUCAACAACCUUUAUGGUGGUCAUCUUCGCCACGCUGAAGAGCUUCAACAGUCCCAACUAUGCGAACACCUUUGAUAAUCCCUACACCUGGCUGUGGAUUGUGGCUUCUAUAGUCUCAUCCUGUUAUUCGUACACCUGGGAUAUUAAAAUGGAUUGGGGCUUGUUCGAUAAAAAUGCGGGCGAGAAUACCUUCCUACGCGAGGAGGUCGUCUAUUCGUCUACAGGCUUCUAUUACUUUGCCAUAUUGGAGGAUCUGGCGCUGCGUUUUAUCUGGGCGCUGUCCUUUUAUUUGACUGAAAUGAAAAUUGUGAGCGGCGAUAUAAUGACCUCCAUAACGGGCAUUCUGGAAGUCUUUCGUCGCUUCGUUUGGAACUUUUUCCGCUUGGAGAACGAGCAUCUGAACAAUUGCGGUAAAUUCCGUGCCGUGCGAGAUAUCUCAAUAGCGCCGCUAGACUCAUCUGAUCAGACGCUUAUAUUGCGUAUGAUGGAUGAGACAGAUGGUGUCAUCAAUCGGUAUACAAAAACGAACAGACCCAAGCCAAAGAAGAUCAAGGAUCCGGAGAAGCGUAGCCUGUUGCAUGCACGCGGCUCCCUACCGGAUCUGAGCAUUGAUAUUGAUGGCACUAAAAAGCUUUAAGAUAGUAUGUGUCCCAUGCCCCGCCUUUAAUAAUUUUUUUGUGGUCCCCUCAUACCCCAUCCACGCAACUUCCUAGAGAACGAUUAUUUUCUUAUUAUUAUUAUUAUUUUUUUUUUUUUUUGUGGCAACUAUACUAAUAUUUGUAUAAUUAUUAAUCAUAUUUUGUUGUUUUUAGUUAAUGUUUACAGCUAGUUACUAAGUACUUAAAGAAACAAGUUCGUAUACGCCACCCAGAUAACAUAAAUAUUUAGAUCCUAAGUUGAACUAAACACUAAAUUAUCAUUCCAUGAACGCAUCUUACAAUGGACCAAUGCACCUUGUAAGCAAACCCGACCCUAAACGAACCUUUAGCAAACUCCAAAACAACAAAUUCCCAUCCAUUCCCAUAGAGCGGCAGUAUUACUUAGAAAGUCCUACUAAAAAAUAUAACCCUAGACGACAAAAGCGAUAAAAAAAACCAUUGGCAAAUAUGCAAUAGCAAAAACACAUUCCUUUAUGAAGACAAACAAAAAAAAAUAGAUAAAAAAAGAAAAGAAAACCUUAAUUAAGAUUUAGACAAUUAUUUUUGAAACAAUAUUGAAUAUGUUCUAGCGUCAAUUUUUGUGUGUACCACUAAAUGUACUUAGUAGUUUGUAGAGUUGUGCUUUAUUAUUAUAUAUAUUUUUUAUUUUCGUUCAAACAAUUCGAGUAACAUAUUUUCGCAUGUUCCGAAAAGUCGCCCAAAAUUCGUUUAUGAUAAAUUGUGUUAUAUGGCCUGCGUUAAGGUGCAGGUAUUUAAAUUGUAUAAAUGGUUUAGGGAACAUGUUGCAUAACUUUUUAUAUAAUAUAUUUAAAAGACAGACUUUAGACGUGUAACGUUAUGUACCAAGUAUAAUGUUUUUUUUUUUCGUAAGCGGCCUUGUCUUAACUUAAGCAACAAAAAUUUCAUAAUUUCUUUUUUGCCGUUUCUUGUGUUGUAUUCUGUUUAAUAUAUAUAUAUAUAUAUAUAUAUACUAUAUGUUGUAUAUAACCAUAUGAUUAACUACAUUGAACAGAACUGAACCAAGAACUGUUAAUAAUAAUAUGUAUACCCGCGCUCCUUGAGCUAGAUAUAUAGUACACAACUCUAGAAAAUACGAAUGAAAAACAUAUACACAUACAUAUAGAAAUUGUAUUACUUGGGUUAUGCCUCAAAGAGAACCCAAAACAUAAUUGAAACGAAUUGUACGAAAUAAAGACGCCUAGUUACGCUGCAUAUACAUAAA